GAAGAAUGGGCGGAACACAUCAUUGUAUUGCACACCUCUAAAAAAACAGUGCUCUGAUUCAUAAAUAUAAAAAGAUCCUCUGAGGAGGGCAGUGUUUUUGUGUGAUGGCAACUUCACUUCUAGGGGAGGAGCCGAGGUUAGGAUCGACUCCUUUAGCCAUGUUAGCUGCGACAUGUAACAAAAUAGGGAGUCCGAGCCCUUCACCGUCGACAAUUUCGGAUAAUUCCUCGUCGUUUGGGAAAGGCUUCCACCCGUGGAAAAGAGCCGCCGCGAGCAGCUGCAGCCUCGGAUCCGGCCUGUCCGGUUUCGGGGUGUCCCGCAAUGGAUCCGGCAUCUCGGACUCUUUCGGCACCAACAGCUCCAAUGGAUCCAGUGCUUUUUCCCUCACGUCCGGCACCUCGUCGAGUUCGCACUUUGGAAACGACUAUUCUGUUUUCCAAGCGUCCGUGUCGAGCAGCUCCCAAGAGUCCAGCCACCAGCCGGUUUUCAUCUCCAAGGUGCACACCUCGGUGGACAGUUUGCAGGGGAUCUACCCGAGGAUGAGCGUCGCGCAUCCCUACGAGUCCUGGUUCAAAUCGUCCCAUCCUGGCAUCCCCACCGGAGAGGUCGGAACCACCGGAGCCUCCGCGUGGUGGGAUGUGGGAGCGGGAUGGAUUGAUGUUCAGAACCCUAAUGGAGCAGCACUACAAACGUCCUUACAUUCCGGUGGACUCCAGACCUCCUUGCACUCUCCUCUGGGCGGAUAUAAUUCUGAUUACUCGAGUUUAAGUCACUCAGCUUUCAGUACAAGUCCUUCUCCACACCUGUUGACAACCGGCCAGCACCUGAUGGACGGUUUCAAGCCGGUGUUAUCCUCUUAUCCGGACACGAGCCCCUCUCCAUUAACCGGGGCGGGGGGUACUAUGCUCUCCGGGGGUCCACCUGCGUCUUUAGCGGGGUCUCCGAGGUCAUCUGCCCGCCGGUACUCGGGCAGAGCCACCUGCGACUGUCCGAACUGCCAGGAGGCGGAAAGACUGGGACCGGCGGGCGCCAGCCUCCGGAGAAAGGGUCUCCACAGCUGUCACAUCCCGGGCUGUGGGAAGGUUUACGGGAAAACGUCGCACCUAAAGGCGCACUUGAGGUGGCACACCGGCGAGAGGCCGUUUGUGUGCAACUGGCUCUUUUGCGGCAAGAGGUUCACGCGCUCCGACGAGCUCCAGCGACACUUACGCACGCACACCGGGGAGAAACGAUUCGCCUGCCCGGUGUGCAACAAGAGAUUUAUGCGUAGCGAUCACCUGAGUAAACACGUAAAAACUCACAGCGCCGGGGGAUCCGCCGGCUCUGGCUCCGGGGGCAGCGGAGGGAAGAGGGGGAGUGAUACCGACAGCGAGCACAGCGCGCCGGGAAGCCCCCCGUGCCAUUCCCCUGACCUGUUGCACCCACCUGAGUCAACCCAGGGAGUAGGCAUAAACGGCCUCUAAAACUGCCCUCGGUGAAGUUUAAAAAAAAAAACAAAAAACAGACAAACUGUAAAACAGCAAAGUGUCGUGGUGGAAUUGUCCUAAGGGACAUUAGAAUGGACAUACUUUGGCGUAUGCGAAAUGCUUCACAUGCUGAGUGUUGUCAUUUAAUGAGAAAAUAGGCCUAUACGUUCCUUUGACUUUUUCCAAGUGUUUAAGACUACUAAUUGCAUUAUUUCAUAGCUGUACCAUCAGAAACUUCUCAUUAAUACAUCUGCGGUGUGAAAGUGUAAUCAAAGUUAUUGUGGGCACACUGACUGGGACAGGGCACAACUGAAACUUUUUCUCUUUUUUUGGCAGCCUAAUCCUGAACAUACCCUCCAUGUUUUAUUUCCCAGGGUAUAUAUAUAUAUAUAAGACACAAAAGACAGAAAACACUGCUGUGAAAAAUUAAGGGCCUGCAAAGUUGUGUCAAUGCUGUCAUUCACAUUGUUCAAAAACCAAACUCUGGCACUUUAUUAUCGAGCAGGAGGAUUCUUUUUUUUAAUUUUUUUUUUUUUUUUUUUUUACGUUUGUUUGUUUUUUUGUCCCCGUGGAUGGACAGCUCGGUAUAGGAACAAAUACACCUGUAGAGAGUAUGGUAGGAUAUGGGACGGGAUGGUUUUCAUUGUAUCUGUCUGAUCCCAUCAACCGUUUGAUAAUGGAGCAGCAGUUGUAGGAUUUAUUAUCACAUAGUGCUAUUCACUCCGCAGCCUACAGUACAGUAUGUGCUCCAAGUCUGUAAGUAGGCCAGUCGAGGUUACUUACACUUCACUUCGCUGCAAAAUGUGUUGUACAUAAUGAGAAAUGUAGGUUAGAGUAAUUACAGCCCAAUGUAAAGGUGAGUAAUGUAUUUGUCCAGGAGACGAUUUUGUAUAGGUAUUUCUAGUUGUAUAUGGACUCUAGUAAAUAUUUGAAAAUAUACGGAAAUGUACUUGGAUUUUUCUUUGACAUGAUAUGAAAUGUAUUGUGGGGAGUUCUAUUUAACCACGCGUUUUUUCUUGUAUUUAGGGGUCUAUCGUUAGGCGCACUUUGAAUUUAUUUGUAAGGUUUUGAAAUCAUUUACUGUUUACCCAACUCAUUUAAUUUAAGUAAGCAUGUUGUAAAGUGAUUUUAAUUUUACAAUGAUUAUUUUUUUUCUCCCUCCGAGAAUGGCUUUUUAUGUAAGCCACUCAAUAAAGUCAGUAUGAAUUCAGAA